GCUUUGCCGACAAUGUGAUUGUAUGGGAUAGAUGUAAUUUAAUUAAAUUGUAAGACCAUUUCGGUGUUAUCGUCAUCUUUCUUAUACAAACUACAAAGCAUCCAACGGCUAGCUCCUCCUUGCUUGGCCUGGAUAUAUUUAUUUGCACCCCCGCAAAAACUAAGUCUUGUUGCCGCAACAAACUCACCGGAUAAAUCAAAAUAAAAUGGGAAACCGAAGAUUCGCUCAAGUAUCCACCAGCGACGAAGAAGAGGAGGCGCGACCAAAGGCACCGCCAUUAUUAACAAAGACAAAGCCUGCAAACAACAGCGAGAGGGAGAGGGAGAGGAAGAAGAUAGAGCUUCAAGAAGAAGAAGAAGUAGCAGUGAGGAGAAGGAGAGGGAGACCGAGGAAGAAAGUAAGAGAAGAGAAAUCAGAGGAGGAAGUAGAGGUGGAAGAGGUGCAGCAGGAGGAUGCGAAGCCAGCUGGGGUAUUGACUAGGGUUUCGGGGAAAGGGAGAGGGAGGAGAAAUCAUUUUGAUGCUUUCGAGUUUGAUGGGAAUCGAUAUGAGCUCGAGGAUCCUGUCCUUCUAGUUCCUGAAGAUAAAGAGCAAAAACCUUAUGUGGCAAUUAUCAAGGAUAUUUCUCAAACUAAGCAUGGCAGCAUGAUGGUCACUGGGCAGUGGUUUUAUCGCCCCGAGGAAGCUGAGAGAAAAGGUGGUGGAAGUUGGCAGUCACGUGAUACUAGAGAGCUCUUUUAUAGUUUUCAUCGUGAUGAGGUUCCAGCAGAGUCUGUCAUGCACAAGUGUGUUGUGCAUUUUGUCCCAAUUCACAAACAGCUGCCAAAUCGCAAACAAUAUCCUGGUUUUAUUGUCCAGAAAGUGUAUGACACUGUGGAGAGGAAGCUUUGGAAGCUUACUGACAAGGAUUAUGAAUAUAAUAAACAGCACGGGAUUGAUCUUCUUGUUCAGAAAACUCUAUCAAGGAUAGGAGACCUUCCUGACAUUGAAAUUGAAGAUGCUCCCACUGCUGCUCCUGAACAGGAAGAUCCGUUAAAGGAAAAAAGAACUCUGAGGAGAAAGAAUGUUUCACCUCUUGAUGUGACCAGGGAGGAAGAAGCAACUGGCAGACCUGAUAAUUUAAAAGCUGAAACACCAGGAAGCUGCCCAAGCAAUGAUUCAGAAUAUCAUGCCAUCUUAGUAAAGUUUGAUGCCCUGACUGGAGAUACCCUUCGAGACAAAUGGUUGGAGCGGCUUCUUCAGAGUAUUCAAUAUAUGUGCAGUUCUCCUAACUGCACACUUGAUGAUGGUAAGCUAAAAGGUGGUUUUGAUGGUGUUGACCAUAAAAAAGAGCAGAAGUCCCAGGGAGCUGCAAAUGGAUCCGAAGAAAAUAGUGCAAAGGUUGGCAAGUCUUUUCCCUGGCUGGAUGCAGCUGUUCCUGCAAUAAGUGCUCUUGAGAAGGCCUCACAUGAUGCUCUUUCCUCUGAUUUUCAGAAAUAUAAUCAAAAGCUGCGCCAGCUAGCAUUCAACCUCAAGAAUAAUGCAUUUCUAGCCCACCGUCUUCUAAACAGAGAGUUGGAACCCUCAAAAAUGCUGAACAUGUCACCAAAUGAGUUGAAGGAGGGUUUAACAGCUGAGGAAACUGCGAAGAAGGAGCCUGAUGAGUCAGAGCGCAUGCAGAUGACCGAUGCUCGUUGCUCAAGAUGCAGCGAGUUUAAAGUGCGACUAAGGGACAUAAUCCAAGCAGGACAUGGAGCCCGCUACCAGCUGGAGUGCAUUGCCUGUGGCAAUUCCUGGUAUGCAUCCAGGGAUGAGGUAUCUAUGCUAUUAAUAGACACCCCGAAUUCUGCCAGAAGUGUAGGCACUGCACCAUGGGCAACUGCCAAGUUUGAUGAGGUUGAGAAGAAGCUAGUGAGUCCCUGUGAAUCUGAUAAGGCGACUGAAUUCCUUAAGAAAACAAGUGAACCAUAUAUGCCCGUGUUGGAAAACCAACGAUCAUUUAGCAAGGUCAAGGUUGAAGGGAGUUCUGAAACUCAAAAGAAUGCUGAUUAUACGGUGUCUGGCAAAAUGAGCGUUGCAAAUAUCUUGUUGCUUUGCACGGGCGGCAAGAAAGAACCAAUCAUCCUUGUGCCGUUCUUUAGGUUUCAAGCACUCUAUUGUUCAAGUGCGUGGAGGUUCCAUUAUGUUUUCUUGGAGUGGAUUGUGGAUCGAUUAAUGGAACUGGAGAUGGAGUUGGAUUCGGAGAAGAGUAGCACCUCAGAUCUGAGUCCUAAUACUGUUCUUCCGCAUCGACGUUGCUCAAAAGCAGAAAAGAGGAAUGCAAAUGGCAAACUCCCACGUAAAGAUGAUAUUUUGAGGAUGAAGGAGGGCUUCACUGACAUUAGCUUCCGUCAUUACCGUAGUUCCUCUUGUAAGAAUGUUCCAUCUAGACCUGUCGGUCUACAAGGUAACAUAGAGCUGAAGCGAGGCUCCAUAUAUCAAAGCUCCAGAGAAGUAAGGACAACGAAGGAAAUCGGUUCUAAUGGAGGGAGGAGAGCAAUUGAACUUUCCCGUGCUAGUGACACCUCGUUUUCUUUCAGAAUUGUUGACUCUCUGUCUAGCUUAGAUGAAGAGAGCAUGCCGAAGAGAUCUCUUGCAAGCUCUGUGAACUCAAACUCGAAUUCUAAGUUUGUUCGAAGACCUUGUGUAGAACCACGCUCAUCAGAUGACUUCAUUGAAAUCUGUCCAAAUUUGGAUAAGAGAGACAAACAUUCUGUUGGAGCUGUACGGAGUGACUCGAUUGGGAAUCCAAACUUCAAAUGCGAAAAGGUGUUUGGUCCACUAAAUGAUGGGAAUGAACUUCUGGAAAGAGAUACAGCUCUGAUAUUCCACCAAUCAGUCUCUGCUAAGGUAGAAAUGCCCUGUUCACCUUGUUCUUCGGAAAGCGAUUUCUCUAAUGGAGCUAUCUCAAAGUCCCAAUUCAGUCCCAUCCGAAAGAUGUUCGAUCCAUUCACAAAAUCAAAGUCUAUCCGGAGUCCGUUUUGUCAUGUACCUGAACCAAGUGAUGCCAAAACCACUGGGAUGUCAAACAUGGGAAGGAAUCAGACAUUUCGGAGAUCUUUGUUCCAUGACUUUUCACAUGCAGCUCAGAAAUCAGAUUUUGGUUCUCAGAUUGUCAAGAAAGAUCACCAUCAUUCAGCUGCAGUGUGUUCACCAGUUCACCUACAUGGUUGUCUGAAGAUGGAAAUUAAGCACGGGGUGCCUUUUUUCGAGUUCUCAUUGAAUCGCCCUGAAGAAGUUCUGGUGGCUAAGACAUGGAAAGCAAAUAAUGCAUUUAAUUGGGUCUAUACAUUUCACUCCAUUUCCAAUAGAAAAAAGAGCGACACCACAGGACGGGGGUUGAGUGAUGGAAAUAAGGAAUCGUCAGUGGUGGGGCAGAUGCAAGUUUCAUGUUCUUUAUGUUCAGAAUUAAAAGAUGGGGGGAACUUUGACAGCUCUCUGGUGACAGAGUUUGUGUUGUACGGUAAUGUCCAUGCAAGACAAAGAGUUUCUACUGAAGAAUCCCCUGGAGUUGGAUCUGAAAUAGGUGCCAAACCAGGCUUGGUUGGUGGAAGUCAUGAGAUGGAUGGCAACUCUGAUGCAGCGAAGUUCAAACAUCAACCUCAACAUGCUUUUGAUAGAGGCAACCUUGAUUCUUCCAAUCCUUAUCCAUGGGCAGCUGCAGUUUUGCAUCCAGAACUCGAAAUAGCAGCCGUUGUUAUUAAACUCCCAUUUGCCAAGAGAGAGAGCCUGAAAUACAAAAGGGGUGACAAGGGUAGUGAUAAAAUGCAUUCGAAUCUGCUCAAUCUUUCUGUUGGCGAGCAAAGGAUGAAAACUAUCCGUGAUGAAGGAAAUCAAGAGAAGGUGAAGGUGGUGAUUCCAACUGGAAAACAUAGUUUGCCAAGGGGUGAUGGUCGGGGUCCUUCUUCAUUGCUUGACAGAUGGAGAUCUGGUGGAGGCUGUGACUGUGGUGGCUGGGAUAUGGCCUGUCCCCUUACAGUUUUUGGCAAUCCAGGCAUCCAAUGUGCUGAAGACGAACCACUCUUGGACAACCAGCGGCCUUUGGAACUUUUUCUUCAGGGAAUGAAAGAGAAUAAUAUACCAGCAAUGACCAUGACAGUUCUUGAAGAGGGUCAAUAUGCUGUUGAUUUCCAUGCACAAUUAUCCACAUUACAAGCAUUUUCCAUCUGUGUUGCUGUAUUGCAUGGUACAAAAGCCACUGGUGUGACUGGAGAGGAAAGAGGCAAUCGGUUAUCACAUUGCAAUUCACUGAAAAUGCUUAUGGAGGAGGAAGUGAAGUUCUUCAUUGAAGCAGUCACUGAGGAGGAGAAAAGGAAAGCAUCCAAGAAAGUGGAAGGGAUCAAGCAAUCUUACAGGCUUAACCCUCCCUUUUCUCCAAUUGCUCGGGUAUAGCCUCAACGUCAUACUGAAUGCUUCCUCUAGCAAAACUGACCAGGCUUGCAAAGAUCCAGAACCAAAAGAAAUUCAAUGAAGAAAGAGGUUCUCAUGAUCUAAAAGGGUUCGGCAGGAAGCCGGUUGCAGCAAUCUUUGCCAAGGGUGACUAAGCUGGGAGUUUGAAAAUGCUUUUGAAACCCUUGCACAGCUGUGCUCAUCAGAAUACCCAAUGUAUGUAUAAUUUGAUUCUAUUUUGUUCUUCCAUUUUUCAACUAGCUAGAAAUAGUAUAGAAACGUAUCACUGUCCAUAAUUGUAACUUGAUAGGAAGGGAAAUACACUAAUUGGAAAGAUAAGAGGGGGUCUUGAUCUUGUUUGUAUUAUAUUUGAGGAUAUGGUGUCGAGGGGAGUAGAUAUCAGAUGGUUUUUAGAAGCUUUCAUCACUAAUGUAUUUGGAGGCAGGCAUUUCAAAAUAUUUGUUCACAAAACCAUAUUGUAACUUCAAAUUUUUGAAUAAUGGGUUACUUUAUCCU